GCAUACCACACAUUCCGGCGUAAUGCCGAGCAGCGCGCACGCGGCGGCGGCGGCGGCCGGCGGGGGCGGGAGGAGGAACGAUGGUGGCGCGAGGAGGAGAAGGACGGAGGAGAGAACGAAUAGCCGGAGCAACCGAGGUCUCGCUGCCUGCCUCUGCCUGCCUGUCGUGUCAAACGGGCCGUGCCGUGUCGCGCGCGCGCGCGCGUGUGUGUGUGUCUGUGUUCCACCCGCCCGCAUACCAUUAGAUCACGGUGGUUUUCAAUGGGGAAAUUGGACGGCCGCUCGCGGCAGGACGCGCCGACGACGUGAGUGCCGUGCGUACGUGCGUGCGUGCGCGCGUUGAUCGACGUCGCGUUCCUCCAGACCGGGGUGUCAACCGCGCGGCGCGCUGCUGCGCGGCUCCGGUGCGGUGCGGCGCGGUAGCCAAUUGUCGCGCGGCAGACCGUGUGUGCGAAGACCGUGCGUGCCUUGGCGACGACGUUGACUACGAGGACGUCGGCGAGCGAGACGGGAGUAAAAGGCGGAGCGCCUGGUUUUGCGACGUGGAAGCGCAGACGGGGACAAGGACGACGUAUCCUUGUCACAAAAAAGAACUCGGCGGUGAGGGGAGAGUUCGAGGAUCCAUAAACUGGUCCGAGGGUGCGCGCAAGUUUCACGUGAGGGUGGCACGUGACGGGAGGAAAAUAGAAGGGAAGGACGAGGAGAGAAAAAGAGGAAAUUCAAACGGCUGGAACGAACGAAGGAAGGCAGAUAUGUCCGCUGUCGAGAGUGCCUUGGACGUCCUUUCCAGAGCGGCGACAAUGGUGCAAGAGGAGAGACCAAAGGUGACGAAUCUGCAUCGAAAACCGAGCAGCGCGUGGCGUAAAGAACGCAGGAGAGAUCCGAUUCAAAGUGAAGCGUUGGACAUGUCGGCAGGACGAACGAAUCAUCAUCACAACAGACCAAGUGUGAUCGUUCCUACCACGCCACAAGUUGGCAUUACAAUUGAGGACACUGCUAUGCCUACGCCGACGACGACGCCUACCGCGGCCUCGGGUGGACACAGGACCGGUAUCAGGACAGCGGGUGGCGUUAGUGAUCCCGCAAUCGAUGAGCACUUCAAACGAUCCCUAGGUCCGAAGAAGUACGCGGCGGUCUUCAACGCCACUACUACAGACAAGGAAACCGGCCUGAGUGUUGACGAUCAUUUCGCGAAAGCGCUCGGCGAGACUUGGACAAGACUUCAGGCAAAAAAUCGAAAGGAGUCCACCUAACUACCGGAUAGACUCACCGGAAAUCUUGUCAUCCUACUCGUCGUCGUCCUCGCCGUCGCUUGACGAUCGUGGUAACCCACUCGGGUAAAAUCGUUCCAGUCUCGUUAAAUAUGCAUUAAUGAUAAGUCAUAAUCAAUAAGAAUUAGUUGAAUUCGCGACUGUAUUCGAGGAAUUGUGCAUCCAACUAGAACUGUAAUUAGGGGCUAAAGAAUUUACAUAAAAGAAAAUAAAAACGCGCACAUUAGAACACGAUCUUGAUAAAGAUAUAGAAUUUUUUCAAACUGGGUUUUUGUAUUGAUACUCUAUAUUUCAGGAAAAAGAAUAUAAGUAAAAAGUUAAAACAACGUUUGACUAAAAAAUUAUUAUUUGGUAUUUCAAAUAUUAUAUUUUUUCGAUUUAUUCGAUUGAAGGUAAGUUACACUUUUUACAAGUGAAACCUGAUUUUGGUUAUAAAGUUAAAUCCGGCUUACAUUAUUUCUUAUAUUCGAUUUAUAUCUUUUUUUAUGUUUGAUUUAUAGAUUUCUUUUUAUUAAGUAUCUUAUAGAAUUUGUAAUUAUAUACUUAUAACACUUUUUCCACUCGCUCUUUCGUAAACAUUUUGUUUUAUUAUAAUUGGUAUACGUACCGCGUUGUGUAAAGAGGGUAUCAAGUGUCCUUGAUCUUCUCGCUUUUCAACUGGGUGCUCGUUGUCGUCGCUUUUUCGUCAGUAUAAAAUGCGAAUACAGGAUAAAAUUUUAAGAAGACAUCAAGAAAGUUGGCCUGUUGCAAAUAUGCAAACUAAAGUUUUGACAUUCAAAUCGAAUCGAAUCGAAUUUCAUUUCUUAAUUCGAAUCAAAAACUGAAUCAAUAAAAUUAUACCCAUAUUAAAUUGAAUUAAAUUAAAUUGUCUGAAUUUUUAAUUAAUAAAUUAAAAAAUUUUUCGUAGUUUGCAUUCGAAUUACAAAGAAUCAGAUAAGUUUCGAUUUGAUACGAUUUGAAUUCAAAUAGUUUGCACAUCUUUAACUUGUUGCAUGCUGUAUUUUAUACGGAUGAAUUUGACCCUCAAAUUUCACACUAGUACCAAUUCGCACUAGCGAUCAUUUCUUUUGUCUCUUAUUUUUGAAAAUUUCUAUUUCUUUAUAUCAUAUUUUUAACGUUAACAAUUUUUUCGCUAUGAAAGUAUUACCAAUAGAUUUUUGAGACAAUUUUAGAAUAAAACUCAGAUUUAAAAUUUAAAUUGUUUUAAUUAUCUUCAAGUUGUCAUUUGAAAUCACAAUUCGCACUGUGGUCCAUUCGUAGUGUGGAAUUAAUUUAUGCCAAGAUGAAGUGUAGAAUUUGAGGGUUGAGAGUUACUAUUAUGUAUAUAGACACAUAUUCCUUUAUUACGCCAUCGCCACAGUCAUUACCGUAUAGUUCCGAGUUAUGUAUGAAUAUAUAAUAGUUAUUUAUUAUAAUAAUGUUUCAUACUUCCUCGCAAAGCAGUAUGUUUAUAUGCAUACACAUGUUUAUGUAAUGUUUAUGUAAUAUUUACGUAAGCGUACAAUAUACGUAGUACAUUCGUGGAAAACAAUGAUACGGCCCUUCGUAAUAAAAUAAUUUGAAUAAAGUGCCAGGUAUAUUUUGUAACCCGAUCAUGUUUGUCAGUCAAAUGCCCAAUUGGACGUAAUAAAAUUUUCUCCUUUAAUUAUUGUAAAUCGAGCGGAGUCACUGACGAACACUGAAUGAAUUUAAAGUACAAUUAGAAACUGAAUAUUCACAAUACUCGUUAUGUAAUUAAUUUCACUCGCAAAAUACAUGUCGCGUGCGUAAAAUGAUUUAGACAACUGCGACUUUUAAUUCAUCUUAACUAGGAGGGCUGAAUCAUUGUCCAUGGGUGCAUAUUAUAAUAUCUUGUAACUACCGUUACGGGACGUCUCCUUUGUUGAGAGAAACAACCGAAUAGAAAGAAGUGUAAUUUAACAAAGCAGGGCACCAUAUUAGUUAUAAAUAUUAAUUGUAUAAGUGUCACAUCUUUAAGCUACAAGGUCACGCUCGAAGUUGUAAAGAUAAAAAUAUCGAACAGGAUAUGUACAAUAUGACAAAUGAUUAUGACAAUGAGCUGUAUGAAAAAAAAUUAAAGGGAAAAAUGUUUAAUUAUU